UGAAGAUGCUAGUUGAGCAUCAACCAGAAGCUGCGCGGAGAGUUGUGUAGUCGCAUCAUCCACAGGCUGGAUAUCUAUGAAGUAGCUUCUAUCCUAUCCUGUUGCAAAACCCAAACGAUCUCCGUCGUGGUUUUAGCGUUACUAAGGAAAACGGUUUUCAUUUUCGUGGUUUAUUUGUUUUAUUUCAUUUUUCAUCCACAUUGGACGCAGGCGUGUUCAUGUCAAAGUCUUUCUGACUGGUCUGAAGAAAUUAAUUUACACCCAGGAAUCUUCAAUACUUUCAUUAAAGACAGAAGAAAAAGAGAGCGAUCUCCUUUCCCUGCGAUUUGGAAAUAAUGGAAAUGGACUUGACUACUGACAUUAAGACGCCUUCAUGAAGGGGACAAGAAAAACGGAACACUGUUUGUAGUAAUUUUUGUGAUCAGUGCUGAUUGCCUUGAUUUUCUCUUAAGAUUUUCUCCUUGUGGAUUCUGUCUUCUCGGCGGAUAUGCGCUUUCAUGGAAUUGCAACCCGAGAAUAUAUCAUUAUUUGAGCCUUUUUUGAGAAUACAUGGGGCUCCGCACCUAUUUUUAUUAAUAUGUAUUUACAUGCAACUGGAAACAUGGUGUUGAGAAUAACCAUGGUGGAACGUCAUUAGCACCAACCGGUUUAUUUUUUUUAUUAUUGAUGUGGACCCGCGCAACGGAAUGUACUGAUUGAGACUUAUCACCGUUUUACGGAUUUUGUUACUGCUUCAAAAUGGUCGGUUCGACAUUAUUCCUGGCUAGCAGUUGUCUCCUGAUGUGAACUGCGCAGAUUUGAUGAGUAGUCCUCCGCCAGUUUUCCCGCACCCGUGCAGAAUGUAUGAAUUCUUAUUUUCUGUCAGCAGACUUUUCACAUAAACUGAAAAUAGAUGAGCUCUGAAUAGUGCACGGGACUCUGUCACAACAGUGCACACAGCGUAGGCCUAAGUGAAAUUAAUUCAGCACCAGUUGCGAGCCUUUUUAUUUUCGAUAUCAACGUGUUUUUCUCGGUAACUUUUAUGUGGGGACAUACAGAAAUAUUUGGAAUACUGUAAUAAGAUGCGCAGAUAAAAAUAAUCAGUCGAUGAGAUGCAUGUGGUGAAAAGAAGAAAAACAUCAACAGGUACGAUACACUUGAAGGAGAUGGAAUUUAUACACAUUUUCGUGUUUUUAUUGUUUUGCUGGACUGGUGCCGACGCUCUGUUCACUAGGACAUACUAUGUGAAAGAGGAGCAGCCAGCAUACACGAAAAUAGCCAAUCUUACCCAAGAGUUCAUCGACACGAAGUUUGCCGGUGCAAAUCAGUCCGUUUCCUUUCGCAUUAUCUCUAGCUCUGAGCCGAGAUGGGUGGAAAUCGACAACAUGGGGGUUCUAAAAACCAAGCAGAAAAUCGACCGAGACGUGGUUUGCCGCCAUAACCCCAAAUGCGUUGUAACGUUGGAACUGAUGUCAAACACCAUGGCUAUAUGUGUGAUCAAAAUCGAAAUAGAGGACCUGAACGACAACGCGCCAAGAUUCCCAACAGACCACAUUGAUAUAGAAAUCUCUGAAAACGCCGACCCGGGGACAAGAUUUCCCCUAGAGGGGGCAAGUGAUCCGGAUUCGGGGAGCUAUGGAGUUCAAACCUAUAGCAUCACCCCGAAUGAGCUCUUCGGACUCGAGAUUAAGACCAGGGGGGACGGUUCUAAGUUUGCAGAGCUUGUUGUCGAGAAGCCUUUAGACCGAGAGGUUCAGUCUAGAUAUGAUUAUUCCAUUACUGCAGAGGACGGGGGAGACCCCCCAAAGUCUGGCAGGGUGAAACUAAACAUCAAAGUAAUAGACUCCAAUGACAACAACCCCGUUUUUGAUCAGGCUGUAUAUUCAGUGAAAGUGAUGGAGAACUCUCCCAUCAACACAGUUGUUAUUAAUCUUAACGCAACAGAUCCAGAUGAAGGCACAAAUGGCGAGGUUAGGUACUCAUUUAAUAGCUACGUCAGUGACAAAACAAGAGAAGCUUUUAAAAUUGACCCUAAAACGGGCGUCAUCACUGUCAAUGGGCCACUGGACUACGAAACGACGACAGUUUACGAAAUCGACGUUCAAGCCAAAGAUUUAGGCCCGAAUUCUAUACCUGCACACUGUAAAGUCAACGUAGAGGUCCUCGACGCAAACGAUAAUGUGCCAGUGAUUAACCUCCUACCAGUGAGUAGUGAGAUAGAGGAGGUGAGCGAGAACGCUGGGCCAGAGUAUGUUAUUGCUUUAGUGCGGGUUUUGGAUAAAGACUCUGGUUUGAACGGAAAAGUCAAAUGCAAGCUUCUAGGUAAUGUGCCUUUCAGACUCCAGGAGUAUGAGACCUUUUCAACCAUCCUUGUUGCUGGCAAACUGGACAGAGAGGAAAGAGACAGGUACAACCUGACAAUUCAAGCUGAGGAUAGUGGUUACCCCUCACUGAAAACAACGAAAUCAUUUGCUGUCAAAAUCAAGGAUGAAAAUGACAAUCCACCCCACUUUACCAAGCCGCAUUACCAGACCAUGGUUAUGGAGAACAACACCCCUGGUAAACAUUUAUUCACGGUGACUGCGAGAGACCCUGACAUGGGCUUAAAUGGCUCUGUAACGUACUCCAUUGUAGAAAAGAAUGUUCUGGACAUGUCCAUCUCCUCAUAUGUCCAAGUAGGUCCCACCACAGGGGAGAUUUACGCGCAGAGAUCUUUUGACCACGAAAUGACAAGGUCUUUCGAAUUCAACAUUAUGGCCAAAGACCAGGGCCAGCCAUCUCUUAGCAGUACAGCCACAGUAAAAAUCGUUGUAAUAGAUGUCAAUGACAAUAUUCCUUUCAUCACGUCUCCCCGUCUGGUGAAUGGCACCGCAGAGGUGUCUAUCCCCAGAAACGCGGGAGUUGGCUACCUGGUUACCCAGGUGAAAGCCGACGAUUACGACGAGGGGGAAAACGGUAGACUGACAUACUCCAUCACUGAGGGAGACAGGCCUUACUUUGAAAUCGACGAGAUGAACGGGGAGAUUAGGACUACGACGACUUUUUCCGACAGAACCAAGACGACCUACGAGAUCACGGUGAUGACACACGACCACGGGAAGCCGUCUCUGUCCGCGUCUGCAUACAUCGUCAUCUACGUUUCCCCGGACCUGAACGCACAGGAGUCUAUUGGAACGGUCAACCUCUCCCUGAUCUUUAUCAUCGCGCUGGGCUCCAUUGCUGCCAUCCUGUUUGUCACCAUGAUAUUUGUGGCAGUCAAAUGCAAACGGGAUAAUAAGGAGAUCCGAACAUACAACUGCAGUUUCUUCUACUUGCACAGGGUGGCGGAGUACUCCUACGGCAACCAGAAGAAGUCCAGCAAGAAGAAGAAGCUGAGCAAGAACGACAUCCGCCUGGUGCCGCGCGACGUGGAGGAGACGGACAAGAUGAACGUGGUGAGUUGCUCGUCUCUCACCUCCCCGCUCAACUACUUCGACUACCACCAGCAGACCCUGCCCUUGGGCUGCAGGCGCUCGGAGAGCACCUUCCUCAACGUGGAGAACCAGAACUCGCGCAAUGCCGCGCCCAACCACGGCUAUCACCACACCUUCACUGGCCAGGGCCCGCAGCAGCCCGACCUCAUCAUCAACGGCAUGCCACUGCCAGAGACGGAGAAUUAUUCCAUCGACACCAGUUAUGUAAACAGCAGAGCACAUCUGAUUAAAAGCACAUCGACGUUCAAAGACAUGGAGGGCAACAGCCUCAAGGACAGUGGUCACGAGGAGAGUGACCAGACCGACAGCGAGCAUGACGUCCAGCGAGGCCACUACCACGACACGGCCGUCAACGACGUCCUAAACAUGACCGUGCAGCCAAACGGCGGCCAGCUACAAGACCAAGAUCCCUCUGAAGGGUUCCACUGCCAGGACGAAUGCCGCAUCCUCGGACACUCGGACCGUUGCUGGAUGCCCAGGGUGCCCAUCCCGGCCCGCGUCAAGUCCCCGGAGCACGGCCGCAACGUCAUCGCCAUCGAGGCGCCCACCAUGGAGGUGCCCCACUACGAGACCUGCGGCACGGCCAAAAGGACUUUUGCCACCUUCGGGAAGGACGGCUCGGACGACGCCGAGCGCGGCGAGCUGAAGGGCAAGCGCGGGGUGGUCGGCGAGCUGACGCCGCAACAGUUCUGCAGCCCCAAGGCCAACGGCGGCUGCGUGGCGGGCGGCGCCCCCGUACGUGAGGCCGGUAACGGCCGCGAGGCGGUCAGCCCCAUCACGUCCCCCGUGCGCCUCAAGAGCCCCGUGGCCAAGGCGCAGCCUCAGUCGCAGCCGCUGUCCAACUACGGCACGCUGAAGUGCCGCGACGCCGAGCGCAUCGCCAACCACAGCCUGCUGCGGCAGCCCGAGGGCAAGGACAGCGAGCCGGCCGUCCGGGAGAUCAACACUCUCCUGCAGGACGGCCGAGACAAGGAGUCCCCCGGCAGCAAGCGCCUCAAGGACAUCGUGCUCUAACCCUGCGGAGCUUCUGCUGCCCCAGCUGACCUCCUUACAGCACCUUCUCCUCCUCCUCCACCUCCUCCACCUCCACCAACUGCUCCUCCUACACGGAUAGCGCUCCUCUCUCCCCUGCCGCUACUGCUGCUGUCGUCGUCACUGCUGCCACACACACACAAACACACACACACACACACACACACACACACACACAUACACACACACACACACACAAGCGCACUUCUGUGUGUGUAUAUGAGUGAGUAAAUGUGUGUGUGUGAAACAGAGACAGCCUGUGUUCAGGAGCGUGCGUGUGUUUGUUUGUGUGUGUGUGUGUAUGUGUGUGUGUGGUGCACACACAGAAGAGAGAGUACAUGGAGGAAAAGGAAUCAGAUGUGGAGGUAUCCAGGAGGACACAUGUCUGCAACAAAGCCAUCUCUAUAGCAGCAAUGCAGAUGUACCAGGUCCGCGAGAAAGAAGGACCUAGAGGGAGAAAGAGAGAGAGAAGGAGAGAGAGAGAGAACUGACAAUGGGAGGGUUCGCACAGUUGAACGUGUGCGUGAGUGCUUCAAGGGCCGUCGUUGUGGCUUCCUAGUAAUGGCAGUAGUUACUUGUGGGGUUUGUUUUGUGUUAUUUUUUUUUAUCACAGUUUGGUGGUGAACAGAUAGAGGGCUUAUCGUGUACUGUGUAACAUGUUCCAUGCCCUUUGCUUACUUCUAUAUCCACCACUGGAAGUGACUCUGCGAGGACUUGUGUGUGUGGAUACUGUUUUUUGACUGCUUUGAGCACAGUCAUGCCUUUUAAAGACUUGGAAGUAUUACUUUCUGAUAAUGCCUUUUUGGUACGCAGUUAUGCUUUCGGCUGCCAAACUCACUCUUCUUUGCUUCUUGUUCUGCUGAGCUCUGUGUUGGGACCCUACAGCUGGGGACUUUUGAGGGUGGGGCCGGACACUUGCUGGAUUUUGACCCCCCUCAGUGCCGAAACACGGACACCUUUCCGCUCAGCUCCACUAUACACUCCUUGAUGGGAAAAAAAAAAAAAAAAAAAAAAAAAAACGCUCCCCUUGCCUAUCUCAUUUCAUUUCUUCCCCUCUGACUUCCUCAUUUGUCUGAUAAGACAACCUCUCCUUUUCCCUAAAGACAUUCCAGUAUCAGUAACUGAGGUCUUUACAGUAUUUGUUUUAUAUCACUGAUGGAGCAAAAUGGACUUCCAGUAUAUCAGCUGCCCGAAUUCCCUUGGAGGACUGAAAUAGGAAGGCGGAUCCCUCCUCCAACCUUAACGAAGAAAUAUACAUAUAUAAAUAUAUAUAAAUAUAGAACAAAAAAGACAUCGGACUCAUUGUUUUUGAAUUCUCCUGUGCCCAUUCUUGAUUGUAGCCAGUGGAGCGCAGUUUGCUAGAACCGUGUGCUCCGGUCUUGUACUUUUUUGGAAUUUUGACUAUGGGGCUAGGAUAGAAGGGGUCGUCACUAUGUCUUGCUAUGUGGAACUCUGUAUAGGGUUUACUCUUAUCAUUUUUAAUAACCUGUUGUUAUGUGACAAUCCCUUUAAUGUUUUGUUGCAAGAGUUUAAAAAAAUAAACAUUGGUGUUCAACUAAAGCUAAAGUAGCGUUUGUUACACAAACACAAAAGGAAAAAAUAUAUAUGCCAAAAUAUAUUUUAUAAAUAAUUUAAAAUGUAUAAUGAGAAUAUUUAAUGCUGUGUAGUUAUUUUAUCAGUAAGUUAUACUUGAAAUUAAUUGGCGUUUUCUUUUUUUCCUUUGUUAUUUUUUGGGCUUUUUAUUGACUAUGAUUUUUCAAUUGAACUUGGAUUUUUGUUUACUGUGUUUCCCCUGGCAACUGUUGAUUGCAGUCUACCUUGUUGUAAAGAGUUUCUUAUUGGUCAGUUCUUGUGCCAUCAAGUUUCUGUGUGGGCAAAAUAGAAAAAAAAGACAAAAAAAAGCAAUUUCAGCACCAACAGUAGUGUGUCAGUUCAAUGAGCUUAGAGUGAGAUAGCAAAAGAAACCAAAAAAAAAUGUGGCAAAACUGAAUCCUUACAGCAGGUUGUUGUUUAAUCUUAUAAUUUAAGAAAUACGAAGGGUAAAGCUUGCUCUUGUUCAAGAUAGCGAAGCGGUUCCAUCAUUAUCCGGCCGACUGUUCUUAGGGGGUUUUCACCAUGAGUUCCUCGUCUUCUAGCUCGUUCUUAUGGGAGGAAGCCAGGUGUGUAAGUGAUGACUUGUGAUGCAGAUUUGCUUCGCUUUUAGCCCCCCCUCACUGAACGCAUUUUCAUAAAACAGCUGAUCGAAUGUUGUAAACACCAAGACGAAGUGGGUUAUCACAACACUGGCAUGGGACGAGGUGGAAUCGAGACUGUGAGAGUUGACCUGAAAGCCUUUUAAGAACCAUGUUGCAAAAAUCAGUUCCCCACUCAUGGGUUUCUUGGUUGUUUUGCAAUAUCCGUUAUUUUUAUUUUUUUAUUUUAAAAUAAUGUGGAAACAACAAAUGGCAAAACAAGGAUUAAAAUGCAUACAUUUGAAAUAGGUUGUGUAGCUGAAUGUUUUUUGCUGGUCUCACCAACAGCUUCUGGCAACAUGAAAAUCGGAAUAAUCACUGAAUGUAUACAGCAGCUUAUUAAACUAUUAAAUGUUC